UAUGAAUAACUUGUAGUUCUCUGCUUUUUUCCUAAACCUAAUUGUUUAUGUAUUUACUGAGGCCAACACACAUAUGCAAAGCAACUUUCAGCAUACUUAUACUUAUUGGUAUCGUGUAAACUUAAUGAGUAAUUGCCUGCAGCCCUGGACUCAACAGCUGUGAAAGCAAAAACAAAUUCGACUUUCAUUUUAGUUUCUUUUUUUGUUUUGCACUUAUAAGCAAAAGUAAAAUGCUCGAAAACUGCCAGAGGCAUCACAUGGUCCUGGGCCUGACUGCCCUCACCCUGGUGACGAUCCUAGUGCUUAUUAUCGAAUCCCGUUAUGCUGCGGAGGGCAGCCUAGCGCGUCGUCGCGGCCAACAGUUCGUCAUAGAGAACAACUCGACCUGCUGGAGACACGAGAGCUACACCGUGGUCCAGGAGUGUCAUCCCUGCUCCGAGUUCGACAUAGUCAGCCGCAGUCUGGGCGUCUGCAUCCAUACACAUUACAAGGAGGUGCUGCGCUGCAAAAGCGGCGAGAUUGUGACCAAGAGCUGCGACCGAGUGGCGCUCAUCGAGCAGCGGAAUUUCAUCAAAUUCGAGGCGAUAGCAUUUGUCCUGGGCGUGCUCAGCUAUUUGGUGAGCUAUGCCCGGGAUCGUAUACUCUCCAGGCGCAACUAUAUGCGCAUCGAGCGUCAGCUGAACCGGGUGCAGUAGCCGCUGAGCAGCAGCCAUGCCAAGGAUACUCAACGCAUCAUUGUGUACAUACAUAUAUAUAUAUAUAUUAAACUAUUGUAAACGA